AUGACCUCAGAUCUUGGGCAUCUCUCCAACAUUGCUCUUUCCACCUCCACCAACAAUGUCACUAUAGGUAAUGGUACUGGACUAAGUAUUGCUAAUGUUGGUAGCUCUUAUCUUGUCUCUGGUCACCAAGUCUUUAAUCUACCAGAGGAUCUAAAGGGGAGAAUUCUGUAUCAAGGAAAGUGCAGUAAUGGUCUUUAUCCACUUCCAACAAGGACACCUCCCAUUUUACCUAGCUUGGCUGCUUUUCAUGGUAGAAAAGUUUGUCAUACUUUGUGGCACUAUAGAUUAGGCCAUCCAUCUCAUGAUAUCACUAGUUCUAUACUUAAUGGUUUACCAGAGACUACUUCUUCUAAUAAUUCAUUAGCAAGUCCAGUACCUAGUGCAAGGGAAGUCUCAUCUUCUGUUGAUGUUAUUACUUCCUCUACUGAGUGUGUACAGGAUCAGACACCAUAA